UCUGGACUGUUGGGCGCGUGAUCGGUAAAUCGAAGUAGCGGACCGUGAAGGUGCAGAGGAUAUUCCCCACGACUGUUGUUGGUGUUGUUGCUGCUGCUGGGUUAACGUAAUUUCGCAAAAGAGAGACGGAGAGCGCCAGAACGGUUGUUUUUGUAACGCGACGAGAGCCGCCCGCAGAUCCGAUCCACCAUCCAUCCUUGUCACUCGCUCCUUGUCGUCGCCGUCGUUGCCUCGCGUGUAACUAAGAAAUAAGAAAUAAUAUAAAACUGUGCCGUCGUCGCAUCAAUUGCACUAAUUUCUUCAAUCAGCGGACAAGGCGAGCAUAACGAAAAAGCAGAGUGAAACUAGCGAAAAUUGUUUAACAGCCAGCAAACUCACCCGCAACAGCACGAAAACGGCGCCGACAACGACGAUGCCUUAUCAGCCAGCCAACAGCGGCGGGACGACCGGCGGCAGCAAGGCGGCCGCCAAGAUGGCCCAGCUGAAGUUCUGGAAUAAGCAGAAUAGCAGCAAGCAGCAGCAACAGGACAAGGACAAGGACAAGGAUGCCGCCGACUCGGGCAAUAACAGCAGCAACACCACCGGCAACAGCAGCAACGGCGACACCAAGGGUGAGGCGAAGAAUGGCAAGCGCAACUGGCUGCACACGCCGGAGCAGCUCAUCAAUGGACAUGCGGUGUAUCUAGUCAAGUUCUUUGGUAACCUGAAUGUGGACCAACCCAAGGGCAUUGAGGUGGUCAAGGAGGCCAUUCGAAAGCUGCAGUUUGCACAGCAAAUGAAGAAAGCGGAGACGGGCACUCAGGAGAAGUUCAAGAAACUGGAGAUCACCAUCAGCAUCAAGGGUGUGGCCAUUCAGGAGCCGCGUACCCACAAGAUCCUGCAUCAGUUUCCGCUGUACAACAUCUCGUAUUGUGCGGACGAGAAAGGUGUUAAGAAGUUCUUCAGUUUUAUUGCCAAAUCGGUAAAGACGCGAGAAGGUGGAAGCGAUUCAAUGACGACAAAUGGCCAUGCAAACGGAAAUGGCGAUGGCAGUGCCAAAGUGGAGGAAACCCAUGAAUGCUUUGUCUUCAUAUCGAACAAGUUGGCCUCGGAUAUAACACUCACCAUUGGUCAGGCCUUUGAUUUGGCCUACAGAAAAUACAUGGACAGCACUGAGAAGACGAAUUUGAGCAAGGCGCAGCAGCAGAUCAAUCAUUUGCAGCAAACUGUCAACGCUUACAAGGAGCGACUGCGCGAGAUUUCCGCCAAAUUGCCAAAGGCCGAGCUAGAUGCCCUGCUCUUUCAAAUGGGCAUCAAGGAUAUUCUGGAGGCGCCCAGCACUGAGCUGCAGCAGAAUGGUAUUGAAGUGGCCACCGAGGCCCUGAGCAAUGGCAAGCUGGAUGACGACAAGCUGCUGAUUGACACCAAUUCCACCACGGCAUCGACCCAUUCGUCGUCGCCCAGCUCGUUCUUGCCCAUUGUCCCGCCGCGGAACAAUCUGUCCAGCCAGAUCAGCAUCGGUGGCAAGAGCAACAGCCAGAAAAUGGAUGAGCUGCUGCUCAAUUCCGAUUCCGAUAGUGAUUUCGAUCCGCGGGCGGAUGAGAUUCAGGACAAUGUGAGCAAUGGUCGCAAUGCCAUCAGCAACGAUCUGUUUGGCUUUGAGCCCUCAAAGAGCUUUGGUCAGCAGCUCUUUUUUAACAAUAAUGAUCACAAGCUGCAGAAUAACAACACGAACAGCAACAACAACAACAACAGCAGUCUACUGAUCACCAGCAAUAAUACCAGCAUCAAUAGCAGCGGAUUCUCCAGCGAGCUGAACAUCACGCCGCCAUUGUUGGCACCACCGCCAAAGAUUGCUGCUCCAAGACGCCUUACCUCGGUGACAACGGGCAAUGGCCUCAAUGGCAACACGGAUCUGUUCGGAUCAGAUCCAUUUGAAAUGAACAAUGGUCCGACCAUCUUCAAGCAAAAUCAACUGAACCUUGAUGACUUCUCGCUGGAGAGUCUGGAUCCUCUGCGCAAGUAGAGCGGUGCUAGUGCUACCAACGCCAUUUUCACGCACGUCAACUCGUCGUUUGAGCCUUUAAGAACAACCCGCGAAUGGAUAUAUCCCAAUUCUCCUUCUCCGUUCUCCGCUUCGCAUGCAUUCCCAGCCAAUUGCAAUUCGAUUUGUUUAAUGUGUAUUAUUGUUUAUAUAUAUAUAUUAUAUAUAUAUUGUAUUGUAUUUAUUAUCAUUGAUUUUUUGUCGAUUUUAUAUAUUGCAUAUUAUGAUUUCUACUAUUAUUAUUAUUAAUAUACAGAUACGUUUAUUAUCUGAGGGCGAGAUCAAAAGAAAACACACGACGCAA